UACUAACGGAGAGCUUCCGCCAAUACUUGUCCUCUUUUCUGGUUCUGACAGUCCCGGGAGCCAGGGAGGGAAGAAUUGUCUGCCAGGAUUGGGACAAACACCCAGAGGGGAAAGGCGGGACUUCCGCCUCCUGCCGGAAGUGACGUGACAGUCGCGGCCGCCGCCAGGUGGAACGGCAGGUGGGUUCAGGUGCCAUCCUGGCCUGGGCCCCGCUGUGGGACCGACGCUUCCGGUGAGCAACAGAGGCAGCUCCCGAGGACCUGGAGACCCGUGGGGCGGGCUCUGGGAGCGGAGCCCAUCGCCCUGGCCUGGAGCUCCCCGCUGUACCUAUUCCCCAUUCCCCUACCGAGCUGGGCAGUUAGCCAACCCACCCCAACUCUCGGGACCAUGUUUGCAGACUUGGAUUAUGACAUCGAGGAGGAUAAACUCGGAAUCCCUACUGUGCCUGGGAAAGUGACCCUGCAGAAGGAUGCUCAGAACCUGAUCGGGAUCAGCAUUGGAGGAGGGGCUCAGUACUGUCCCUGCCUCUAUAUCGUACAGGUAUUUGACAAUACCCCAGCAGCCUUGGACGGCACAGUGGCAUCUGGCGAUGAGAUCACCGGUGUCAAUGGCAAGUCAAUCAAAGGAAAAACUAAGGUGGAGGUGGCAAGGAUGAUCCAGGAGGUGAAGGGGGAAGUGACCAUCCACUACAACAAGCUGCAGGCAGAUCCCAAGCAGGGCAUGUCCCUGGACAUUGUGUUGAAGAAGGUCAAGCACCGGCUGGUGGAGAACAUGAGUUCGGGGACUGCAGAUGCCCUGGGCCUGAGCCGGGCCAUCCUGAGCAACGAUGGGCUUGUCAAGAGGCUGGAAGAGCUGGAGCGGACUGCCGAGUUAUACAAAGGGAUGAUGGAACACACCAAGAACCUCCUGCGGGCCUUUUAUGAGUUGUCACAGACCCAUCGAGCCUUUGGGGAUGUGUUCUCCGUGAUUGGGGUGCGGGAGCCCCAGCCAGCUGCAAGCGAGGCUUUUGUGAAGUUUGCCGACGCCCACCGCAGCAUUGAGAAGUUUGGCAUUCGGCUACUGAAAACCAUCAAGCCGAUGCUGACAGAUCUGAACACAUACCUCAAUAAAGCCAUCCCAGACACUCGCCUCACCAUCAAGAAGUACCUGGACGUGAAGUUUGAGUACCUGUCAUACUGCCUAAAGGUGAAGGAGAUGGACGACGAGGAAUACAGCUGCAUUGCCCUAGGGGAGCCCCUGUACCGGGUGAGCACAGGCAACUACGAGUACCGCCUGAUCCUGCGCUGCCGCCAGGAGGCCCGCACCCGCUUCUCCCAAAUGCGCAAGGAUGUGCUAGAGAAGAUGGAGCUGCUGGAUCAGAAGCAUGUCCAGGACAUUGUGUUCCAGCUGCAGCGCUUCGUGUCCACCAUGUCCAAGUACUACAAUGACUGCUAUGCAGUGCUGCGGAACGCCGACGUCUUCCCCAUCGAGGUGGACCUGGCGCACACCACACUGGCUUACGGCCUCACCCAGGAUGAGUUCAUCGAUGGGGAGGACGAGGAGGAGGAGGAUGAGGACACAGCAUCCGGGGAGCCGUCUAGGGAUACGCAAGGGGCCACCGGACCCUUGGACAAGGGUGGAAGCUGGUGUGACUCCUGAGUGCCCUGGCGGGGUGCAGACCUCAGGGGUAGGGUGAGUGGGAGGAUGGCACCAUGGGAGCGGGGGCGGGGCCGCCGCACAACAGGGUGGCGCAUAAAGGCCUGCUGGCUCGGGGCGCCUGCCUCCGUGCUCCUCUGUCCUAGCACAGGCACCCUCCAGCCUGCCUUCCCCCACCUCCCCAGCCAGAGGAAGAGUGGUCUCUGGGCCUGCCUUAGCAAGGAGACGAGAGCAGGAAGGAAGACGGGUUGGAGGGGGCAGAGCGUCCAGGACCCGAUCCUCGUGGGCAACUCUGCUGGCCCCCCCGGAGCCUGCCAGGAGUGUGGGGCUAGGGGGACAGCCCAAGGUGGGGCCACUGUCUCGUGUACACCCUCACCUCGCCCCAGGCGGACCCCACCCAGCGCACACCGCGGCGGCCUUUAUUUAUUUUGCUCCCCCAGCUCACACUUCUCUGGAACAGGGCUGGUGCUGGGCCUGUACUGAAUAAACACAACCCAUGUGGAGCUGG